GCACAUUCGGAUUCAGGGUGUCCGAACAUCCAAUCUUGCAUUUAGUACUGCAGCAGGUCCUUUGAAUUUUGCAUCCGGAAUCAUGGAUGCCUGCUUUCCUGUCGUGCCCAUUGUUCUGUAGCGCAUCUUUAGCAUUCCUAUUCCUUUUUUCUUCUUGAAUACCCCGCCAUGGUACCUUCUCGCUCUACGAGUCAAGAGCGAAACAUCCUGCGUCCGCGGCCGACAAGGGCGUUGCCGGAGGCCUUACGUGCUCCUAGCCAAGGUCUGAAUGGCUUUGCUGAUGUCUCGUCGAGCAUCUCAAGCGGUCGUUCCACGCCAAUUCCUCAGGAUGCACCGCCUUCAGUCCAUUCCCUUUCCACAGCGCGAAAAGCUGCUCGUGCUCAGGCGAAGCACCGCUUGUUCUAUACAAUCGAUUACGUGUCCCGGGUCUCCUAUUUCGAUGCGCGGAGCGAAUACCGCGACUUUCGUGGCUUCUUCGUCCUUUUCUGGAUCAGUCUGACCAUCAUGGUGAUCACGACGUGCUUGAGAAACAUCAAAGAGACGGGUCAUCCUCUGCGGGUCGAGGUCUAUGCUCUGCUGUCACGGAAUGUCAUUUCUUUGGGCCUGAGCGACGCUGCCAUGGUGGCAAGUACCGCGCUGAGCUUGCCCAUCCAAAAAUUGGCACGAGGCACGAACGGCGUCCUGCGAUGGCGAAGAGCUGGAAUCUGGAUACAAAGCUUGUUUCAAGUGCUAUGGCUGGCAUUAUGGGUGAGCUGGCCGUUCUUGCUGAGUUGGACCUGGACUGCGCAGGUCUUUUUCGCUCUCCACACCUUGACCUUCCUUAUGAAGAUGCACUCCUACGCCUUCUACAAUGGCCAUUUGAGCGAGACGGAGCGACGCCUGCGAGCCCUCGACAAGCCAGAAACGGCGGACCGGGGCAAGGCGGUCAAAUACCCCAGCUCACCCUCUCGCUUGCGUCAGAUGGACUCAGAGAGCUCCGAGGAAGAGAAAGAAGACGAGCAGGAUCUGGCACAGCUCCGGCAAGAUUUGGCUACCGAGUUGACUUCUCCCCUUGGACAAGUCACGUACCCUCAAAAUCUAACGCUGUACAAUUACCUCGACUACGUUCUAUGCCCUACUCUUUGCUACGAGCUUGAGUACCCAAGGACACCCAAAAUCCGGUGGCAUGACCUCUUCUACAAGACCCUUGCCGUCUUCGGCUGCAUAUUUUUGAUGAUCACAAUCAGCGAGGAGUUCAUCAUGCCAGUCCUAGCCGACUCGGCUGCUCGGCUGCGCCUGACGACAUCUCUCUCUGAAAAAGCAUUGAUUCUGGCUGAGACUACCAGCAUGAUGCUGUUCCCGUUCAUGAUCACCUUCCUCCUAGUCUUUCUAGUGAUCUGGGAGUACAUCCUGGGCGCAUUCGCAGAGAUCACUUGUUUCGCCGAUCGCCAUUUCUAUUCGGACUGGUGGAACUCCAGCGACUGGCUCGAGUUCAGCCGCGAGUGGAACAUCCCGGUCUACCACUUUCUGCGCCGACACGUCUUCUUCUCUUCCAAGACGUACUUCUCGACCCCAGUUGCCAUGACCAUCACCUUCCUGGUAAGCGCGCUUGGUCAUGAGCUGAUCAUGGGCUGCAUCACCAAGAAACUGCGUGGAUAUGGCUUCUUUGCCAUGAUGCUCCAAUUACCGAUAGUAGCCCUGCAGAGGAGCAAACUGGUCCGGGGACGGUGGGUGCUCAACAACGCCGCAUUUUGGGGCAGCAUGAUUCUGGGGUUGAGCACCAUGUGUAGCUUAUACGUCUUGGUUUGAAUGGGAGCUUCGAUAAAGACGAUACAACCAUCACGUGUGUAGAAUAUAAUAGUCUGUGACAAUAAGAGACCAAUAAGAGACAAACAAUAACAAGACAAUUCCCUAACAUCUGAG